AUGGCGUUUAAAAAUACUUUGGACGCAAUUGUUAUCGGACGGGAAGCCGGAGGUUUAUUGUCCGCACAUUAUCGUAUGGACGGUCACCCUCACGUGAAUUCCCUUCGGGAAGUUUUACUCGGCGAUAAACUAUUGUAUUUAGUAUUUCCGCCGUCGAAAGGUGGCGAUCUCCAUUCUCAUGUCAGGCUUAGGAAAAGGCUUCGGGAACCUGUUGCGCGAAAACUUUUUCGACAAAUGGUGAACACCGUUAAAGCUUGCCAUGAUAAAGGAAUUGUUCUUAGGGAUCUCAAACUUAGAAAAUUUGUUUUUAGUGAUACACAAAAGUAA